AUGAACAUCGAAAGCAUGCAAGCAGAAUCCACCUCAAGUGACAAGAGCAGUAACACCCUGCCACACCCGGCAGGAUCACCACACGUCCGAGAGCAACGUCGCAAUGCCAUCGCACCUCCCUCACCUGAUCCCGAGGCACCCAUGAUCUGGCACUUCUUCGUCCAAAAUGGCAUCCACAUGCACGCACUUUCCCACGGCAAAUAUCUCGGAAGUCAUCCAAGCGACACUGCCGACUCAACAGAAUCAAGAGACGAAGCCCAGAUCCAAAGCUAUCUGUCCCGUCUGGAGGAUGCCGGAAGAGCGCUAGACGCCCCAAUCGUGCAGCUCACCUUCGACCUCCGAGGACGAAGACUUCACCGCUAUGGUCUUCGCUUCCAUGACCUCACGAUUCGAGUGAAGUUGAUCGAAGUGGUGCGCGAUGCGCCAGCGUUCCUGGUCUGUCUCGGAAUGCCGCAGGUGAGCGUGGAGUACGAUGACCUAGCUGCGCGGGUAGCGAGUCUAUUCAUCAAUCGGCUUAUGGACUUUCGCGACGACGCUUCGGGCCAGUCGGCGAACGUUUGGCCAGGAUACAACGAGGUACUUCGAGCACUUCUGGAGCCAGGCCGGACCAUCGAAGACGAGAGCUUCCAAGUCAAGAUCAAUGACUCCGCGGUGGCGCGUGACCCGGAGGACCUCACUGCGUUGCCAGUCUCAGCGCCAGGUUGGUCACAGCCGAGCAGUCUGAAGUUUAAGAAGCAGAAUGCUAGUUGGCCGGUUGCGUUCUGGCGGACAUAG